AGACAGAAUUCGGGCACCAGGAGAAGACAAAGGGGCUCUGGGUGGCAUUUUGUGACAAAGGCAAGAACCCAGGUCUACGUAGAGCGAGGCAGGUGAAGGAGGCAGCCAGGUGAACCCCCACACCUCCUGGCAAUAUGGAUUAUAAAUCAAGCCUGAUCCAGGAUGGGAAUCCCAUGGAGAACCUGGAGAAGCAGCUCAUCUGUCCCAUCUGCCUGGAGAUGUUUACCAAGCCGGUGGUCAUCUUGCCUUGUCAGCACAACCUCUGCCGGAAAUGUGCCAAUGACAUCUUCCAGGCCGCAAAUCCUUUCUGGACCAACCGGGUUGGCUCCGUGUCCAUGUCUGGAGGCCGUUUCCGCUGCCCCUCCUGCCGUCACGAGGUGAUCAUGGAUCGUCAUGGAGUGUACGGCCUGCAGAGGAAUCUGCUGGUGGAGAACAUCAUUGAUAUCUACAAGCAGGAGUGCUCCAGUCGGCCCCUGCAGAAGGGCAGCCACCCCAUGUGCAAGGAGCACGAAGACGAGAAAAUCAACAUCUACUGCCUCACGUGUGAGAUGCCCACGUGCUCCAUGUGCAAAGUGUUUGGGGCUCACCAGGCCUGUGAGGUGGCCCCACUGCAGAGCGUCUUCCAGGGACAGAAGACUGAGCUAAGUAACUGUAUCUCCAUGCUGGUGGCGGGGAACGACCGUGUGCAGACCAUCAUCACUCAGCUGGAGGACUCCUGUCGAGUGACCAAGGAGAACAGUCACCAGGUGAAGGAAGAGCUGAGCCAGAAGUUUGAUGUACUGUAUGCCAUUUUGGAUGAGAAGAAGAGUGAGCUGCUGCAGCGGAUCACGCGAGAGCAGGAGGAGAAGCUCAGCUUCAUCGAGGCCCUCAUCCAGCAGUACCAGGAACAGCUGGACAAGUCCACUAAGCUGGUGGAGACGGCCAUCCAGUCCCUGGACGAGCCUGGCGGGGCCAUCUUCCUCAUGAGUGCUAAGCAACUCAUCAAAAGCAUUGUGGAAGCUUCCAAGGGUUGCCAGCUGGGGAAGACAGAACAGGGCUUUGAAAAUAUGGACUACUUCACUUUGGACUUAGAGCACAUAGCAGACGCCCUGAAGGCCAUCGACUUUGGGACAGAUGAGGAAGAGGAAGAGUUCAUUGAAGAAGAAGAAGAUCAGGAAGAGUCCACAGAGAGAAAGGAAGAAGGACACCAGUAAGGAGCUGGAUGAGGGAGAGACCUUCUGGAUGCAAAGAGACUGGGGAGGGUGGGGAUGGGCCCAGCUGACUUGAUGACAGGCCCAGGGUGGGAGGGGUCGGGGCCCCUGGAGGGGCAAUGGGAAGGCGUGUCUUCUCUCUGCUGGGAGAGAGCAGGUACUAGUAGUAGGACCCCCACUGCUGUGUCCAGCAGCCACUGAACCAGAAUUGGAAACAUGCUUGAAACAACCACACAGGACACUUUUCUACGUUGGUGCAAAAUGGAAUAUUUUGUACAUUUUUUAAAUGUGAUUUUUUUUUUGUAUAUACUUGUAUAUGUAUGCCAAUUGGUGCUUUUUGUAAAGGAACUUUUGUAUGAUAAUGCCUGGUCAUUGUGUGACCGGCUGGUGUUAGAAAGAGGGGAGGGAAGCCAGGCUGACAAAGCUGCCCUCUUCCUUUCCCGGGAGGGAGAGCUGGGUAGCACUGACAGGCCUAGAAAGUGCUGUACCGGUGUCAAUGCCCUUCCCUGACAUUGUGGAUGGCAACUGAGUUUGUGUUACAUGUUGUUUCAAUAAAUGCACAGUGCUCUCUUUCUGUUAUUA